AUGGACUCUAUACGUGACCCUCCUUCAAGCCCCACGUCUGCUCCCCUUGGAAGGUCUCGGCUAAAUGCUGCUACCAUGGAAAGCCAAGACUCCAUGAAGGAGGAAUCAGAGGUGCUCUUUGAGGAACUGCUUGAGAGGGCGAAGGCUGGAGAGUCCAAAGCGCAGGCAGAGGUGGGGAAGCACUACCUGAAGCUAGCGGAAGUCCGAGAUGAGGAGCUGAACAGUUGCAAAGCAGUUGAGUGGCUGCUCCUUGCUGCUAAACAGGGGCGGAGGGGAGCCGGGAAACUGCUGAAGCAGUGCUUAGCGGAGCGAAGAGGCAUCACUUCAGAGAAUGAGCAAGAAGUGAAGAAAUUAUCAUCCGAGACUGAUUUGGAAAGAGUUGUGAGAAAAGCUGGCUCGGUCAUGUACUGGAAACUAAAUCCAGAGAAGAAAAAGCUCUUGGCUGUUUCAGAACUAUUAGAAAAUGUUGACCAAGUUGAUGGCGAAGGUGGGGAGAAGCAGCCUGGCCCAGUUCCAAAGUCGGUUCAGAAGCAAAGAAGAAUGCUGGAGCGGCUGGUGAGCAGUGAAUCCAAGAGUUAUAUUGCCUUGGAUGAUUUUGUGGAAAUAACCAAGAAGUACGCCAAAGGCAUCAUCCCGACCAGACUCCUUGGGCAGGAUGAGGAUGACGAUGAGCUGGCAGGCAAGAGUCCAGAGGAGCUCCCACUCCGGCUCAGGGUUAUCAAGUACCCCCUUCAUGCCAUUAUGGAAGUCAAGGAGCACCUCAUAGACCUUGCUUCUAAAGCUGGGAUGCAUUGGCUGUCCACUAUUGUUCCCACACACCACAUCAAUGCACUCAUCUUCUUCUUCAUCAUCAGCAACCUGACGAUUGACUUCUUUGCCUUUUUUAUCCCAUUAGUCAUCUUCUAUCUCUCCUUCGUUUCCAUGGUGAUCUGCACCCUGAAAGUCUUUCAGGACAGCAAAGCUUGGGAGAACUUCCGCACCCUCACAGACUUGCUGCUUCGUUUUGAGCCAAAUCUAGAUGUCGAGGAAGCGGAAGUGAACUUUGGGUGGAACCACUUAGAGCCGUACCUUUACUUCCUCCUGUCAGUCUUUUUUGUCAUUUUUUCCUUCCCGAUAGCAAGCAAGGACUGGAUACCCUGCUCUGAGUUGGCAACCAUCUCCCUUUUCUUCAUGGUGACGAGCUACAUGAGUUUAGCCACGAGUGCGGAAUCGUACACCCGGAGAGCGCUGCUGACGGAGGUGGCCGCGGGUGCCCUCUCCUUGCUGGAGGUGGUGCCGAUAAAUGUGGGGCCCCUCCAAGUGCUGGGGAAAACCUUUUACAGUCUCCCCGUGGGCCACUUUUUGGUGUUCAACAUGAGCUUCCCUUGCCUUCUGUUUCUGUAUUUGUUUUAUCUGUUCUUUAGAAUGGCAAAGAUGCGGAACUUCAAGGGCACAUAUUACUACUUGGUUCCUUACUUGGUGUGCUUCAUGUGGUGUGAACUCUCGGUGGUUAUUUUGCAGCACUCGACGGGCAUUGGCCUGAUCCGUGCUUCUGUGGGUUACUUUUUGUUCCUGUUUGCGCUUCCUAUUCUACUGAUUGGCAUUGCUUUGAUGUGUCUCAUCCAUUUUGUGAAGUGGUUCAUAACACUGGAACUGAUGAAAAUCGUAGUGACCCUGGUGUUGUGCAUUAUACCUUUGCUUUUCCGGUGGUGGACAAAGACCAGCUUCUCUGUGGUUGGGAUGGUAAAGUCCCUAACAAAGAGUUCAAUUGUGAAACUCAUUCUGGUGUGGAUAACUGCCAUAGUGUUGUUCUGUUGGUUUUACGUCUACCGCUCGGAGGGGAUGAAAGUAUACAACUCUACCUUGACAUGGAAUCAGUAUGGGUUUUUGUGCGGUCCGCGGGCUUGGAAGGAAACCAAUAUGGCCCGGACCCAGAUGUUAUGCAGCCAUCUAGAAGGCCACAGAGUGACCUGGGCGGGGAGGUUCAAGUAUGUCAGAAUCACAGACAUUGACAAUAGUGCGGAAUCAGCAAUCAACAUGCUUCCCUUCUUUAUUGGAGAUUGGAUGAGAUGCUUGUAUGGUGAGACCUAUCCAGCGUGUGCCCCUGAAAACAUUACCGUUGAAGAGGAGGAACUGUGUCGCCUGAAGUAUCUGACAAAACACGACUGCCACAUGAAACGGUUUGACCGCUACAAAUUUGAGAUCUCUGUGGGCAUGCCUCUCAAUAGCAUGAAUGGGAAUAAGAUGAAAGAAGAGGAGGAUGCAACCAAAGACAUUGUGUUGAAGGCGAGCAAUGAGUUCAAGAACGUGCUGCUGAACUUGCGGCAAGGAAGCGUCGUUGAGUUCAGCACUAUUCUGGAAGGCCGUCUGGGCAGCAAGUGGCCGGUCUUUGAACUGAAAGCGAUCUCGUGCUUAAACUGCAUGGCUAAACUUUUGCCUGCAGCAAGGCAUGUGAAAAUAGAACAUGACUGGAGGAGCACAGUUCAGAAAGCACUCAAGUUUGCCUUUGAUUUUUUCUUUUACCCAUUUUUGUCAGUUGCACGUUAAGUUU